CGCGCCCAAGAAGGCGUGUGCUUCCCGGCCGUCCUGCUGGUGCGAGCAAUGGAGGGGGUGACUGUGGGCCAGGUAUUUGAUGCCGAAUGCAUCCUCAGCAAGCGGCCGAGAAAGGGCAAGUUCGAGUAUCUUGUCAAGUGGAGAGGGUGGUCGUCCAAGCACAACAGUUGGGAGCCAGAGGAGAAUAUUUUGGACCCGAGGUUACUCGCAGCCUUUCACAAAAGGGAACAAGAGCGAGAACUUUUGUACCAGACGAAAGGAAAGAGGCCGAGAGGACGACCGCGCAAGUUUCCGCUUCCUGUUUCACCCGCCGCAAAAGACAGCCGUUCGUCUUCGUCGUCGUUCUCCGGCGCGUCUUCGUCAGUGGCGUCGUCGUCCGAGGAAGACGACGAGGCCGAGCGCGACCGCAAGAAGGCCAAGGGUGCGGCGGCGGGCCCUCGGCUGCACCCUGCCCCCCAGAGGAGGCCUCAGAUUCUCCCCGCCAAAGCCGAGCCUCAUCGCAAGAAGCGCGGCCGGAAGCCGCUUCACGCCAACGUGGGCGCUUUGAGGCCGGCCAAAAGCAGGACUCCGCCUUUGCCUUCGGCGCCGAGCCAUCACCAGCUGCUGCCGGGCUUCCUGCGCAAGUAUGGAAAGGUGGAUCCCCGGCCGGGGAUUAAGAAGCCGCUGCAGCCGGCAAGCUUUACCUACACUGGGCUCAGCCGGACCGCCAGAGAGCACCACACCGACGCGCAGAGCGCCGUUUUCUCCCAGGUGUCGGCGGCAUCUAAAGGGGGAUGCGUUUGGAACCGCCCUGCGCCCGCCUCCUCACCCUCCCUCAGCAAAGCCGGCGGCUCGCCGCAAAGGAAGACAUCGCACGGCGAGCUCAAACGCUCCAUGUCGGGCCCCGGCGGCAGCGGCGGCCGUGGCGAGGCCCUCAAAGGGAUGCCGCCCCCACUGAGACCCGCAUUCGGGGGCGGCCCGACGGCGGCGCAGCGCCUCGCGCCGCCUCCGAGGAGGCAGGACAGCCACGGCGGUUACACGGCUCUGGUCCAACACAAGCGAGCGCUCGCCAAGGCGCCUUCGUCAUCCUCGCAGCGGCCGAGCAAUCAGACGCUCGGCCUGCGAGCGGUCAACCAGCAGAACGUCACCAAGACACCGCUGGCCGGCCAUCAGGGCAACAGCGGCGCGCUCGUGCGCUCUGGCGCGGCGGUGCGCUCCAGUUCGCGGAGCGGCAGCCUGGUGGUCAUCAGAGACACUUGCGUCACCCCCACCGGGCAGCGUCCGGUCCUGCCUGCAGGGGGCGGCGCGGAGAAGGCCAGGAAGGAUGCGACGCUGCCAGCAGGCGGCGGGCGGCAGGUUGAGCGCAAGUCCGGCCGCGGCCUCAAUGAUCUCAGCACCGGCGACUCGGAGGACAGCAGCAGCGGCGAAUGGGAACGGGACGCCACCUCGUAUCCUAGCGACGGCCGGCCCAGCCUUGGCGACGCCGCCACCGAGUCGGACACUGAGACGGACUGGCGGCCCACGCGGAACCUUCUGGAACAGGUGUUUGUCACCGACGUCACUGCCAACUUCAUCACCGUCACCGUCAAGGAGUCACCCACCAGCGUUGGCUUCUUCAACCCUCGCAACCACUAGCCACUCUCGCGCUGCCCGCCACGGCCAACUCGGUAGCGAUGCGGGACGAGGGAAGGGUCAGUCGAGCCUCAAGUUUGUCGGCUUCAUCAGAAGCGGAACGCCAUCGGUGUGGGGCGGGGCUUAACUGCAAGCAGAGCAUGAAGUUUAAUACUCGAGACUCAUUGAAUGAACGCCAGCUUGACUCUACCGUUCCAUCUCUGAUGCGCCAAUUUGCCGGGAGGGCAGCGUGAAACGGGCCAAUGAGGGAACGGCGGCCGUGAUGCCAAAUCUUCCACCGUGGACAUUAUUUUUCUUGUUGUUGUUGUUUGUUUCCUGUUCAAGGUGACAAAGCAGGAAGUCGUCAGUGCCUCAGGUUCCGGUCCACAACGUUACAAAAACAAAACUCGUGCUCUGUAAUUUGGACAUUUGACUGUUUUGUGUUUUUGGUGUGUUUGGACCAAAGGUGCUAUGAAUGUUAUUUAAUUAUUUCCUGAACAGUAUUCCACACACAUGAUUGAUCCUUUAAUUUAUACUGUAAAUCUCUUUCUAUUCACCUCAA